AUGUUCAGAUUGCCAUUUCAAAGGCAAGCCACUCUAAGUGACGAUGAGGCUGCCGAUAAACUGAUGCAUGAGGCAUACAAUUUUGAGACUGCACUCAAGGCCAUGGAUUACGUGUUGGAUGAUAGGACUUCAAUCGGGAUCGACUUGCUGUCGAACCAUAAGGAAAUUGCCAUCCAGAAACUAGCCCUGGGGGUGAUCCAAUUUUUAGAGGCUACGCUAGGUUUUGAACCGGAAACUAUGAAAAAGGCUAACGAGACUUUGAUUGAGGCAGAGUCAAUGUGUUGGAAAGAGAAACAGAACAAUGAAAAGUGGAACCUGAAGACAAGCUCUAUCUAUCCACCAGGAACAGAGUAUGCCGUGACAUAUGCUGAAGCAAAUCUUUUGAAUGCGCUCUUAAUGCUGCUUAGUGAAAGCGCUAUUGAAAGUGUUAAAGCCCUCUACAAACUGCGCCGAGCUUAUCACACUUUGGAUGAAAUUACUCGCAGUACUGAAAAGCUAACUGGUGUUUCUAUUGAACAGGAUCUGGUCUACCUUUCUGCAAGUGCCAAUGGAUCCACUUCGAGUCUGAGUUCUGCUCCUUCCGAGAAAACCACAGCUUCCGGCUUCGCUGAAGUUCAUCUCCCAUUGAACCCUCAGCAAAAGAAAGACGAGAAGCUCAUUAAGAGAUACGAAAAGAUCUACAACAUGAAACUUAAGCGCAUUGAAGGCUCUCACAUCGGAAACUCCCCUGCCAAAGAGAGACUUCGAAACGAUUUAGGGUAUAAGGAAUCCGGUAACACCACGCCUGAGUUAGACCGUGAACAGACGCAGCAGAAUCACGAUCAUUCAGUAAUUGAUGAGUUCAUUCAUUCUGGUGUUAACCUAUGCUUUGGAAUCCUACAAGUGGUACUAUCUUUGGUUCCUCCAACUAUUGGCAAAGUUUUAUCAGUAGUUGGAUUCAAAGGAUCAAGGGAAAUGGGGUUAAAAAUGUUAUGGAAGGCCAGUGAUCAAAGAAACAUUCAUGGUGGUAUUGGAUUAUUAGCAUUGUUAGUUUUCUACGAUGGUCCUUUCCAGUUUACAGAUGUUGAUUUUGACGUCCCUACUCUUACCGAGAAGGUUGAUACCCCAGAGAGUCCCAAUGUUGGUCGAUCCUUAAGCUUACGAAAAAUGAACACGGAAACUAGGGCAGCAAUAGGAGCAGGCCAACCCACACUAUUACAUCCAGGAAAAAAGCUUUCUACCGCGUUGUUGAAAGCAAGGGCUCUAUUCCCCAAUAGUGGUUUAUGGCUACUACAGGAAGGCAGAAUGCUGGCUUCCGCUGGUCGAUUGGAAGAAGCGGUUGAUCUUAUGGAUGCUUUGGAUAAGAAGAUAGAAAUGAAACAGGUUGAAGCAUUAUUGAUUUUUGACAGAGCGAUGAUCCUUUGUUUUCUUCAUCGAUAUGAACGAGCUGCAAAAGAUUUUAUCAAACUAGUGGACAUAAAUGCUUGGUCUCAUGGACUUUACUAUUAUUUUGCGGGAGCAUGCUACUUGGAAGCUUAUCGUAUGUGUGAGACCAAAAACAUACCCAAAAAUGGUAAAGAUCAAGUUAAUCCUUCGAAACAGGAGUGGUACAAAGAACAGGCUAGCAAGUAUUUAUUAGAAGCUCCAGAACUUGUUGGAAGAAGGAAGUUUAUGGCAAAGACUAUGCCCUUUGAUAGAUUUUUGAUUAGGAAGGUUAAAGGUAUUAAAGAGGCUUCUGCCAAAUAUGGAACCAGUAGUGUUGACUCUGUUGGUACUUCUUUAAUUCAUGAACUCAAUUACUUUUGGAAUGGUUACAAUAGAAUGCCUCCAGAGCAUUUGGAAUUAGCCCUGAAAAUGCUGGGAUAUUCAGCCAAGAACAAUUCGCCGUUUUCUUCCAAUCUCGGAAGAACUCUUCCGGAAUCUAAAGAAGAAUCUAUGAUUAGAUAUACCUUGCAAAGCAUUACACUGAGGAGAUUGGGUCGAAUAAAUGAAGGUGAGAAAUUGUUAGACGUUGUCAUUGGCAAUAUUACUGGAUCGGAUGGGAAACUGCUUAAACUGCAUCAUGAUCCAUGGCUAUACCCCGCUUCCCUCUACGAAAAGGCCCUCUUUGUUUGGAAGAGGGAAAGUACCGGUGGGCUGGCUCAAAGUCGAAAGUGGUUGAAACAGGCAGAAGACUACAGCGAUGACUACGAGCUGAGUACCCGUAUAGGAAUGAAGAUCAAAUCGGCAAUUGACCGUUUAGAGGGGCUUUAG